AUGGAAACCGCCUCGGCUUCAAUAUCACGAGUCCUCCCGUACCUGCAUAAAAUCAAUGGAACUACACACCAGUCAGACUGUCGGGAGGCCAUCUCGCUAAGGUUUUUCCACCAGUGGACGACAUUUAAUCAGGAUGUUGCAGAUGCGUGUGCAUCGUUGGACCUCACCGGCCUAGUCCCCAUUGUAGACGAGUCGACUGAAGAGUUUAUUGUUGGUAGUGAGCUCGGACUCACUGGGAGGUUCGCAAAGCAAGUAUGCGAUGUUUCGUCCAAGGCCCUCUCCACCACGGUAUUGGCAGCAUACAAGUUUGGUGAUUACAAUGCCAUUGAGGCCACUGAUCAUAAUAAUGUCCCAGACAUUGUGAUGUUAACUAUCCCAUCUGCGGAUGCAAGGGCCGUGGGGGAGAUGAAAACUUACUGGACAGUAAGAUUGGACAGAUGCUCCAUUAACGACGGUUAUAUGUCUCUCUUGCCUCUUCAAUCACAUUUGGCGCAACUCGUAAGGUAUAUGCGAGGAAAUUUCUUGCGAUAUGGGUUUCUGUCCACAUAUAACGCGACGAUAUUUGUGCGUCGAACCGACCCAUAUCGGUUCGAGGUGACUAUGCCCAUCAAGUCCCAAGGAACGAGCCCUACCAUCCGGCAAUGCUUUGUGGCGCUCGCUGUGUUUGCAUCUCAAGACUGGAAGUAUAAUGAGCCAGAUGGUUUUUCCUUGGCACAACUAAGAAUACCAACCCAGCCUCAUACGCAGGCUUCGUUGCGCCCAUCCCCGUUGCGAAAUCAGGUGGCUGCACCGGGUGACAUUAGGGAGCCCAUCGGAAAUCAGUCAAUACUAUUUGCUGACGGUGAUGGUAAUGAUACUCGCACAGCCAUUACCGUGGUGAACUGCACCAGCGUGGUCCGUACUAUGGGCGACAAAGCGAUAUUCGAAGUAUUAUGGGAUGGGAGGCCGGCAAUUGCUAAGUGUUGGGGGGAGGAUCUCUAUGAACGGUUUGUCACGAACGUCCAUCUUACUGCUGUACUUGGUGUUAAUCAAGCAUUUUCCAGCUAUCGAGACGAGUAUCUUACCUAUCAGAAGAUACAGACUCUGAGGCCAGGUGGAUACGAAUUCUUUCCCCUGAUGUACAGCCAUGGAGCUAUUGCUUGCUCAUCAAUCUUUCCUAAAGGAUACAUCGCCAUAAUGAGUAGGUUCGACGGAGUCCGCCUAGACAUGGUCUGGGAUCACCUGCGUGGCUCUACGAAAGAGCAUGUAAGACUCGUUAUUCACAAGGCGAUAAAAGUUUUGAGGGAGAUUGAGGUCAUUCAAAUCGACUGUGGGGCCCAUAAUGUGUUAUACAAUAGCAACACAGAAUCAGCGGUAUUAUGCGACUUCGAGUUAAUGCAGGCAUGUGAAAGUGAUACCAGAACCCCAGACCUCCCGGAAAUGUACGCCAUUUUUGGUGAUAUGCCACCAGUUGCUCGUGUUCGCCAUGAUGGAGGGUAG